AUGAUUGUGUCUCGAACGCAACUAGUGCUGAUAUUUGCUCUACUACAUUAUCGAGCCGAAAGUCAACAGGAAGUGCUUAUUGAAGAAUCGCUAGACGUAGAGUCGGUACAAGGGCCGACGGGCGGGCGAGUGGAGUUGCCUUGCGACGUGAGUCCAGCUCUCUCUGCAGACAAAGUUGGCCUCGUUAUAUGGUAUAAGCAAGGCCACGAAACACCAAUAUAUUCAUUAGACGCACGAGAGGGCAUAACGUCUCAAUGGUCCGAUCCUUCCACCCUGGGUAAUCGAGCAACUUUUCGGACGAAUACGACCCCCGCUGUUCUGGUGUUAAACAAACUGAGGCCAGAAGACAGCGGCCAGUACAGAUGUCGGGUAGACUUCAUAAAAUCUCCGACUAAGAACACAAGACUCAACCUCACAGUGCUUAUUCCACCAGAUCAACUGAUUAAUAUAGGUGAAGGCAAUGAUAAAGUGCACGGGAAUAUACUUGGACCUUACGACGAAGGAGCAGAAGUGAAUUUAACCUGCAUAGCUGUUGGAG